AUUGACCAAGAACCUCCCGCGCCCCUCUCGACUGACCAAAGGGGGGGAGAAGACUUAUUGAGGUCACAUCACAAAGAAGCCUCGGCGAUAUCCGAUCAUACAUGAUACUCCAAGCUGAGGCGACAGUCGAACUCCUUGGCAUAACAAAGUGCGAUCAUCUGCCGAAAAAAAGUUAAUUCCCGCCAAUAGUCCCGAAAGUCGAGAAAAAAAUCCGCAAGAUAUCCGACGAUACCUUUGCAUAAGAACGCGAAGUGCCAACGGCGAUUUUUAUGUAAUGUGCUGUAAUAAAGUUGCAUAACAAUCAUUUUGGCCUCAUAUUUUGGCGGGUUGCAAUAGUCUGUCGUCCACCAUGGAGGUAGCUGUCCGCGCGCUUUCCAUUCGCAACAGUGCGUUCGAAUAUUAAAUAAUAUUUUUUCUUAAAAAGUAGUUGUGGUGUGCCGGUGUGUGCUCAUAAAAAGUGAUCGUGACUUUUGACCUAUUUUUUUAUUCUCCCCCUAUUGGGUUAUUGGAAAAGGUGCUCUAGGAUUUCAAAUUGGGUUAAAAUACCAUGACUCCGGAUUGACGGACUCAAAAAACCCUUCACCAUGUCAGCGACUGCCAUAGCUACCAACCCCCCCUUCGUUACCAUGGCAACCAGAAUACCAGAAGUACCCACAGAGUCCAACUACUUCGAAGAGAAUUUAGCCAAAGCUAGGAUAUGUCUCGAAUGUACUGAGAGCGAGAAAAGGAUAGCAGAUGUGGACUUCAAUAGCAAUGUGAUACAAGAUGGUGACAGAGUGAGCAGGACGGAGAUACAGAGGUUUUAUCAUGGGAAGAAUAUAUUUGUCACUGGUGGUACAGGGUUCCUCGGCAAGGUGCUGCUAGAGAAGCUGCUGCGGUGCUGUCCCGGAGUGGAGAAUGUCUAUCUGCUGGUGCGGCAGAAGCGAGGCAAGGAUAUCUACACCAGGGUCGACGAGAUCUUUGAUGACCCCGUAUUCGACCGUCUCAAGGAGGAAGUCCCCAAGUUCCGUCACAAGAUCGUGGCGGUGGCCGGCGACUGCGGCGCCGCCGGGCUCGGCCUGACGCUGGCGGACCGACACACGCUCGCUGAGAAGGUGAACAUAAUCUUCCACUCGGCGGCCACGGUGAAGUUCGACGAGGAUCUGCGCACGGCGCUGGAGACCAACGUGCGCGCGCCGCUGCACGUGCUGCGCCUGGCUCGAGACAUGCGGGGGCUCGAUGUAAUGAUGCACAUCUCGACGGCCUACUCCAACAGCCACCUGUCUGCAGUCGAGGAGCGCUUCUACCCGUGCGCCGCGGACUGCGCGCAGUUGCAGUCCCUUGUAGACACGCUGACAGACGAGCAGCGAGCCCGGCUGCUGCCCGAGAUCCUGGGCCCCUGGCCGAACACCUACACGUUCACGAAGGCGCUCGCUGAAAAAGAGCUGAAAGAGCAUUGCGGGGGAUUACCGCUGGGCAUUUUCAGGCCUGCUAUAGUGACUUCAACGGCCAAAGAACCGCUGCGAUGCUGGAUCGACAACAUGUACGGACCCACGGGGGUGGCCGUCGGAGGAGCGACGGGGGUGCUCCGUACUCUGCAGUGUGACGCCGCGGUGACUGCAGAGAUCGUGCCCGUGGACCUGGUCGUCAACUGUCUGCUAGCUGCCGCCAGGAGCGUCCAUAUGGGACAUAAGAACAGCCCUGCGCCGGAGCCUCCGAUCUUCAACUACGUAAGCUCUGUGGAGAACAGAAUCACGUGGGGGUCAUUCAUGGAGCUCAACAUGGCGUACAUCGACGCGCACCCGCUCACCAGCGCCGUGUGGUACUUCUCGCUGAGCCUGCACAAGUCGGCGGCGGUGAACCGCGUAUACAGGGUGCUGCUGCACCUGCUGCCGGCCGCGCUCGUCGACGGACUCGCCCUGUGUGUGGGGCAGAAGCCUAAGAUGCUGAAGGUCUACCGCAAGAUCCACAAGUUCUCGUCAGUCUUGUCGUACUUCACGACGCGCGAGAUCCAGUUCUGCAACCGCCGCACGCGACAGCUGUGGGAUGACACCUCUGAGGAGGACAAGCGGCUGUUCCCGUUCAGCAUGACCUCGGUGGACUGGUCGGAGUACUUCAGCCAGUACCUCGCCGGCAUCAGGAAGUACAUCUUCAAGGAGAGCGAGGAUACGCUGCCGCAGGCCAAGAUCAAGUGGAGACGGUUGUACUAUCUGCACCAGACAGUACGUCUGAUCUUCCUCAUCUUUGCCGUGUACUGCGUGUGGACUGUCAUAUCUGCGGUGUUCUAGAUCUACAACUACACCCUCAGAAUAUGGAUUCGCAGCGUCGUCAGAUGUUUAUUCUACGGUCAGACCAAAUGUUUUUACAAAUGAUUGAAUUUAGAGUUUACCGCAACGUUUAAGGGGUUUCAAUUAUUUCCAUUUACAAAGUCGAAAUGAGGCAUAUUAUUAUAAAAAAACUGUAAUUUGAUUAAAAGUUCUACAUAUUGACGAGCUGGGUCCACAUUUUUAUAAUUUCCUUGUAGGUAUCAGAUUAUAAUAGCAUCGGCGCGUAUCAUGACAUCUAAUUUGACGGAAUACUUUUAAAAAGAAUUUGCGUUCAAACUAGCGACCAUGAUACGCACUGUGGAUAUCUGAUACAGAUUCGGAUGUUACAGAUUUGGACCCAUCUUUUGUGGAUUUAUGACUUAAUGACUCCAGAAUAAUAUUGUACAUCACAUUGUAUCUAUAUACUUACCUAAUGAAUUAAUAAUUUUAAGAACAAAAUACCCAUAUAUUAUUGGGUUCAUUAAAGUUCAUUUACAAGUAUACAUUGUAAAUACGUGUUCUAUUAUCAUAUUUAAUUUAACGUAGAUUUUUAAAAUAUAUUAAACCAUAAUUAUAAGCUUAGAUAGAAUCACGAUUAAAACAGGUACCUAUUGUAAGGAAUUAUAUUUUUUGAAGAAACAGUUAAUAAAAUAUGAAAAUCUAAUUUUUUAUUCGUUUUUUUAACAUUACUUAUCCAUUGUAAUUCAUACUUCCCAAUAGAUUUAACAAUGCAACGUAAUACUACCAUUACAGACAAUUGCGAAACAGGCACUUAGAGUUCUAAUAUUAAGGGUAACUAAAGAUUCAAAAUUCAACCAUUUCAAGUAAAGUCUGGGACGAAGAUACCGGGGUCUGAUUUCUUCGCCCCUAGCUGUACAAGGACAGCAAAGCAUUUUUACCUCAUAAAAAAAAUAUCAUGAGGGUGUUACGGUGUCACCAUUAAAACUUAUAUAGACUAAACCCUGUCAAUUAGCUGUCAAACGCCUUAUAAAUCUGUCAAAUUUGGUUAUAAACAUUUUUUAUUUUAAUCGUUAUACUGUGAGUUUCCCAAAACUAUCUAACGAAUGUUGUUCAGAUUGACGACUUAUGUAAGGAAAAACAAACAUUGAAUAUUUUUUAUUAAGAACCAAAUCAUAAAAUGAAUUAAGUAAGUAGGUACUUAGGUAUAUUUCUUAACUUAUAGUCAUUUGAUAAAUAGCUUGAUAGGUAAAAUGUGUGCUUAAUUCAUAAUCUACUAUGUAUGGUGAAUGGUGCAAACAU